UCAGACAAUCCGCUCUCUCUUUGAUACAUACAUGUACCUAAAAAUAUCCCCUAUUAGUAUUAUCUUGCUCUUACUUUAUAGCCUUUCAGACUCUCUUUCUGUACUUUAAUCAUUACAUCUCUCUUUCUUGCUCAUCCUUUCUCAAUAGUCUUCAAAGAAAUUCAGAUCACAAGAGAUCUUGAUUCUGUAAACUCAACUCUUGUUUCCAAGAUGAAUCAGUCGGGGGAGACCGUACGAUUCUUGAUUCACCUCUUUAAUGGAAGAUGGUUCAUGGUGUUUGCUUCGUUCCUCAUCAUGGCGUGCGCUGGAGCCACUUAUCUCUUCGGGACAUACUCCAAAGACAUCAAAUCCACACUUGGUUACGACCAGACAACGUUGAACCUGUUAGGUUUCUUUAAAGAUCUCGGAGCAAACGUAGGAGUCAUGUCCGGACUCAUAGCGGAAGUCACACCGACUUGGUUCGUUCUAACCGUCGGCUCCGCGAUGAACUUCGUCGGUUACUUCAUGAUCUGGCUCACCGUUACAGGGAAAGUAGCCAAACCGAAAGUCUGGCAGAUGUGUCUCUACAUUUGCAUCGGAGCCAACUCUCAGAACUUUGCAAACACGGGAGCUUUGGUUACUUGCGUUAAGAACUUCCCUGAGAGCAGAGGAGUCAUGCUUGGUUUGCUCAAGGGCUACGUUGGGUUAAGUGGAGCGAUCAUGACGCAGCUUUACUUUGCUAUUUACGGUAACGACUCCAAGUCUUUGAUUCUGUUGAUCGCUUGGCUACCCGCUGUGGUCUCCCUUGUGUUUGUGUAUUCCAUAAGAGAGAAGAAGGUCGUGAGGCAGAGAAAUGAGCUGAAUGUGUUUUACAAUUUUCUAUACCUCUCCAUCUUCUUGGCUUUGUUCCUAAUGGCUAUGAACAUCGCCGAGAAGCAAGUUCAUUUCACCAAAGCCGCUUACGCGGCCAGCGCUACUAUCUGUUGUGUUUUGCUAUUUGUGCCUCUAACGGUUGCGGUUAAGCAAGAGAUCGAAGUGUGGAACAUGAAGAAGUUGCCUCCCAGCGAGGUGAAGGUUGAAAACCCGCCCUCUAGGAUGGGUGACCUCCCGGGAAGUCUUGGUGUUGCACCCCUAGAAAAAAAGGUUGGGAACCCCAAGAAAGAAAUUGAUCUUGUUCAUGAAGAGAAGGAGAUGAAAUCUUGUUUCUUGACGGUUUUUGAUCCGCCGCCAAGAGGGGAAGAUUACACAAUACUACAAGCAUUGUUAAGCCUCGACAUGAUCAUCCUAUUUAUCGCGACUUUCUGCGGUUUAGGGUCGAGCUUGACGGCUGUAGACAACCUAGGACAGAUAGGGGAGUCCCUCGGCUACCCUAACCAUACGGUUAGCUCCUUUGUGUCUCUAGUUAGCAUAUGGAACUACUUCGGUCGAGUCUUCUCCGGUUUCGUCUCCGAAUACUUGCUCGCCAAGUAUAAACUACCCCGACCGCUCAUGAUGACGUUCGUUCUUUUACUGAGCUGCGCGGGACACCUUCUCAUCGCGUUCCCGAUGCCUGGCUCGGUAUACAUAACGUCCAUUCUAAUGGGAUUCUCUUUCGGCGCGCAACUCCCUUUGCUCUUUGCCAUCAUCUCGGAACUUUUCGGUCUCAAGUACUACUCUACAUUGUUUAACUGCGGACAGCUCGCUAGCCCGCUCGGGUCUUACAUCUUGAACGUUCGCGUCACGGGGAUGCUUUACGAUAGAGAGGCCUUAAAGCAGCUAAAAGCUCGAGGGCUAACGAGAAAAGAUGUGAAAGACUUGACUUGCUUAGGAAGUCAGUGUUAUAAAUUGCCGUUUGUGAUUUUGGCUUCUGUGACCUUCUUUGGAGCGCUAGUGGCUUUGGGGCUAGCGAUAAGGACGAGAAAGUUUUACAAAGGUGAUAUUUACAAGAAGUUUAGGGAGACUCCUGGAUCUGAAUCUGAAUCUGUAUUGGUCUCUGAUCCAAGAAAGUCUUGAUGAGGAACACAACAGCUUGUUUAAUUUGUUUUCUAAUCAUUCUGUUGAAUUAUAGAUGAAUAUAUUUUUAUUAGUAGAGAGGUGUGUCGUUAUUCUAUACUUCAACGUGGUUUAGUUUUCUUUA